GGUUUUUAAGAGUUGAUUUAAUUUAAAUAUUUUUUCAAGUCAUUAUAGAGGAUACUCUUUUGGAGUCUUAAAAACUUCUUCUUGAAACUGCUACUCUUGGAAAAAAUGCGUAAUCCGCUUUUUUACGUUCAAUUACUACAGAAAAUAUCGCUGCAAAUGCUUUUAUCAGACACCAACAGCAAGAAAAAAUCUUCCUUUAUCAACCUUUCAGUUUUAUUAAGCUCCAUGUUUUACAACAUAGUUGAAAUUAUUAGACCGAAACAAAUCUUUUCUUGUGUCGCCUUUCAUUGUAUAAAUUGUGAUUGAUGAAGUGGUGAAUUGUGACUGUGUUUUAUUCAUAUGAUCCCAAUUCCUGUCAUCUUGAAGAAAAUUGUCCAGGGGUGGGCCGCAAGGCUUACGGCGGGUGUUAAUUUAACGUAAGAGGAGCAUAACAAUAAAUUGCUGAAACCACGGCAUUUACCAUUUGUUUUAUUAGUGUAGACAGGGCUUUAGAUUACGUCGAUGUGUUAAGUCUCGAGCUCUAGUCAUUGGGUCCUAUUAUGUUUUAUGUUAUGUGAGAAUGGGUUCUAUGUCGAGAAUUGCACAUUGUAGGGUGGGUUCGUAAUGAUUUUACGCACUGCUGUUCUUUGUUUACCGAGUUUAAUAUACAUACAUGUAAGCUUCUUGACUAACAGAUAACUAUAUCAACAUUUAAUGAUUAACGUUGUUGGGACUGUGCAAACGUGAUAAAAGUUGAUGUGACAGAAGCUCCUCGUGACUCGACUGCUGUAUUAGGUUCUGGGAUAAUGUGGGAAAAAUUCGGGUGUUUUCCAUUAAGGUAGCCCUGGCAACAUUAUGUGCCGGAAAAUUAAUGGAUAAAUUGCGAUACAUUUUUUCCCAAAUUUCCGACAGCAACGGUCUUCUCAUUCAAUGGCGUUUCAACGAAUACCUUCAAGAAGUAUUAGCUUUGCCUGCAGCCGUCUAUGAAUCUCCCACGUUCAAUUAUACCGAUUCGCUCGCAAACUCAAUUUUUAAUCCAAACGUUAAAAUCACCGUGAAUGACUUUUUGGAUACUUUGAUGUCCGAUCCUGGGCCGCCGUGUCUAGUUUGGUUGCCGUUACUUCAUCGAAUAGCUAACGUCGAAAACGUUAUUCAUCCGACUCAAUGUGAUGCUUGUCAAAGGGAAAAUUUCACAGGCUUCCGUUAUCGGUGUCAGAAGUGCCCCCAUUACACUUUAUGUCAGGACUGCUUCUGGAAGGGAAGGGUCACGGCCCCGCACACGUUGGAUCAUCAAGUUAAGGAAUACUCGACUUUUUCUCCUAGUAAAACAAUCGGACAAUCUCUGAGGAAGUCUUUUCGUUGCGUCCCCGACAAACAGAAAAACAACUUGCCUCGCUUCCCCGAACAGCCCGAGAAAACUCUGAAUCUCUCUCACAUCGUGCCCCCCUCGCCGAUCCCUUCUCACAAUGGCUUCCCCGAUGGCAACAAUUUCACUUCGCAUUUUGACGGAAUGGGUAGUUUGGAUAGUAGAUCGACGGCGAGAAGUUUAGACAGCGCUCGAGAUGACGAACAUAAAAUGAUAGCGAGGUACGCAGCGAGAUUGGCCCAAGAAGCGCGUUCAGGCAUGGCGAGAAGCGGUUACCGAAAAAACUCGCUUUCACCGGACACGGGGAGAGUUCCUUCAGAGGCUUGUUUAGGAAUGGAUUCGACGAGGGCUCAACGAGAGUUAAUCAGCCAAUUAGAAGCGAAAAAUCGUGAAAUUAUGAGAGAAAUCGCGAGAUUAAGGCGCCAGCAAGAAUUGGAAAACAGUGGUCACGGCACUGAAAACCCGGCUCUGAUGAACGAAUUAAGGGCGUUGCGCAUGCGUAAAGACGAGCUUGAAACCCACUUAACCACCCUGCAGGAUUCGCGUCGCCAGUUAAUGAUUCAGCUUGAAGGUCUGAUGAAGAUGUUGAAAAAUCACCAGAGUUCUCCACGGUCCACACCGAAUUCAUCUCCAAGAAGCACAAAAUCUCCUCCACUACUUCCAGGAGGCGCUCCAGCCACACAACCGCCCCGUAGUGCUCCACAAACACCCAUGAGUAUGCCUCCUACCAAUAAUUCCAUUGUGACUGUUAGUCAAGCGGAGCGACCGACUCAUGUGGGACAUCCCAUGGGCGUGAUACCUACUUCUGUCCAGGAAAGAAGCGAGAGGGUCAUGCACAACAGCGAUUCGUUGAUGGGGGUUGGAGGGGAUGUGAGGAAUGCGUUCGGUGGAUCUUCCAGUGUUAGCAUGGGUUCUAACGGAAAUGGGACACCGGGCUCCGUGGGAAGGUCGUUGAGGAACGAUUUGUUAGUGGCUGCAGAUUCUGUAACUAACGCAAUGUCUACCUUAGUAAGAGAACUAAAUUCAGAACCCUCGAAUCAGCCAGAAGCUAGUGCAAUCAGAAAACCUAUAGAUUUUGAAGACGAUGGUGAAGACGAAAGCGAUGGUGGCUGGCAACAAGAACUGCAACGUCGCUACGCCCAAGACGCCAACUUUAUGGCGGAGUUGCGCGCAAGACACCCGACAAGUCCCCCAGAAAACCACCCGAGUCAAAAUUACAACCACCAUCAGUACCCUGCCCUUAACCACCACCACCACCCAAAUCAAGGAUACAAUGCCCAACCAAAUUACCCUAAUUACAAUCAGGCCGAGUCCAAUCAAAGCCCUUUCGGACCGCAGACCCCAAAGAGUGAACAACAGUCUAUUUUGCAACAGCAAAAUGAACAAAACAACGAUAAUGGCGAAGAAAUUGCUAACCGAGAAGGGAUGAGUAAAGAAACCCUCCAGUUUGAAGAAGCUCUAAAGCAAUGGGUCAAUCGAUAAAAUUAUAAAAAUUACUAUAUGCGUUUUGUCCGUGUACUCCAGUUAAGUAUACAAGUAAAAAUAAGUUCAUUAGUGGUCCUUUGAUUAUACUGCUGAGUGUGUCGAGGUUUAAAAUAUGUUUUUCUGGAAAAGAAGAAGGUUAUAGUACAUUAUUAGAUUUCAUCAAUAGUUAUUAGGUACAUAUUACGUUAUCUAAGAUUGUAUAUAAAGAUGAUAUUAAGUGCUUUGCACCCUAUAGUUCCUUUUAAAGCGUCAAGUGAUGUGCGCAAGAUUUCGGCUUAAGAUAGCUGGACCAAAAUACUCCUGUAAUCUAUAUUAGUUAACACAUUAACCAACAAACCUUCAUGCUUAUAUAACAUUGGAAACUUUCAUACUUUUAUUAACCUUUUCAUGAGAAGGAUGUAACUCGGAAUUAUGUAAGUCGUUGUUGUAAUGUCUAGUAUAUACUUGUAAUAAUAAUGAUGAUUAUGAUGAUGGUAUUAGUUAUUCAACUGGUUGUUGCUUUGAUAUCGCCUAGGGUAUUGUGAUCAAUACUCAUUUGUACAAUUUUGUUGAUUAUAUUGUUUGAUUAUAUUGAAUAUUUACGAAUGUCUGAUGUGAACUAAUUAAUAAAUGAUCAAUUGGA